UUGUAUAGUUUUAUACAGUCAUAUAUAUAACUAACCUAACCCAGCCUAAUGUGAUCUAACUCAACCUAUACAUUCAUAGUUUACAGUGCAAUUAUAAGAAUUUUUGAAAAAUUAUAUAGGAUCAUUAAGGUGCCCUCAUCAGUCACCAUUGCGUGUACCGGCUAGGUACGGCAUUGGCAGCAAGCUGUGACGUCACCUGACGCAUGCGCAUAAAGCUCUCGCGUGAGAUAAAAUCUCACGACUGCCCAAACUGCUGUAAAUAUAUAGACGCAACACAUGGUUAACCUCAACACAUCAAUAUUUAUAUUUUGUUUACAAAUUACUUUCGUUAACAAUGGACGUGAAGGAUAAUUUCGAUAUUUACGUUGGCGGGAAGUCAGGAGUUUUUAAAGGUGUUAAAAUUGGACAACAGGAAAAUGUAAUGCAAAAUAUUCAAAACUUGGUAUCAAUAACAGAUCAUGAUGAAAUUACUACAAUGUCAUGGGGCGAUACUGAGGAGAAAGAAGUUUUAAUUGCUUGUGGAGUGAAAGGGAUUAGGAGCAUAAAGGUUUACGAUACAGAAUGUUCAACCUUUACAUGUUCUUUCUUUUGCAAUAUUGGAACUGGGAAAAUUAAUGGUAUUUCACGAUAUGAUGGAGCAAUUCUGACUGCUGUUAAAUCUGGAGAAAUUAAACUGUGGAGAUUUAAGGAAGAAGAUGAAAUCAUCAUAAAAGCUGGUGAAAAUUUGAAUAGAAUGCGUCAUUCAAAAAUAAAUAAAAAUAUAAUAGCAACUGGAGGUUACGAACACAACUUAAAGUUAUUCGAUUUAGAAAAGCAGAAACAAAUAUUCAUAGAAAAAAAUAUGCCCCAUGAUUGGUUGCAAUUAAGGGUUCCAAUUUGGAUUUCUGAUAUAGAGUUUCUUCCUGGGACAGAACAAAUUGUUACUGUUGGUAGAUUUGGACAUGUUCGUUUGUAUGAUCCAAGAGUACAAAGGAGACCUGUUAUAAAUUUAGAAAUGAAAGAUGAAGCAUUAACAACUUUAAGCACUAUGCCAAGAGAAAAGCAAGUUAUAGUUGGAUCUGGAAAAGGCAGUAUGAAUCUUGUUGACUUAAGAAAACCAGCUAAAGCAUUAAAUACUUACAAGGGAUUUGUUGGUAGCGUAACUGGAAUAGCUUGCAGUACAAAUGAACCUUACGUUGUUAGCGUUAGUUUAGAUAGGUAUUUACGAAUACAUCAUAUAGAUACGAAGAAAUUAUUGAAAAAGGUGUAUCUGACAUCGAGAAUGUCUUGUAUGUUAUUACGUUCAGGAUUUUCAUUACCGACAGAAAAGACUAAUGAAGAAAGUAUACGAAAACGUACUGAUAUCGAUGAACGUUUUAAAGAAGAACAAGAAAACAUACAAAGAGAUUCGGAUACAGAUUCAGAAUACGAUGUGUUGUUCGAUAAAAUGCCAGUUAUUGGUGAUAAAACAUUAACUAAAAAGAAACAUAAAACAUCAAUUGAAAAAAAACGAAAAAGUACGGAGAAGGAUUUAAUAUCGGAUGAUAACGAUCCUCGAAGCCGUAAAUCUAUGUCGAGCAAGAACGAAAAACUGCGAAAAAGUACGAAGCGAUCAAAAGUGGCGAAUACAUUCAUAUUAUAGCUGAUAAUUUAUGUACAAAUAAAAUAAGACAAUGUACGUUUUGUCUACGUAAAUAAUAUUAUUUGUAAAUUAUAAAUAAAAUUGUCACACAGUUUUUUAAUACAUCUAAAUUCAUUUUAUAAAACUUCAUUAACGAAUUUCAAUACCGAAAACAUUGGAAAUAAUCUUAAUACAUAGCAUACAGUUUGAUAGAUUAAAAAAGAGAAAACAAGGAUAAUAAGGCACACAAAAAUUAUUACAAGCAAUAAAGUAAAAUGUUUCUGUUAUGAUGUAUUUUGUCACUCAGCAAUUCGUUUUUUUUUUUCAUUUGUAACUUACAUGUACAAGGGACAUAAAUAAUAUGCUAAUUACUCUUGCCCUGGAUAUACAGUACUGAGACGCGACUAAGUGUACUGCCUAAUUAUUGGAUUAAUUCUUUAUUGUACAAUUUAUUCUUAAUACCUUGUCUAUAUAUUGUUUUGGUUCACAAAAUACAGCGCGUAUCAACUUCAAUUUCUUCAAUAAUUAUCGACGCGAUCUUUGUUUUCUAUCAGAGUCAUUUAGUUAGGACCGGCACGAACAUUCAUGGGGUCGAGUUUAACAAUUGUGCAGGGCCAAAUAAAUAAAUUAUAAAUUUUAUAAGUACCCGUAUAUCCCCAUGAAAUUACGCACCCCCAAAAAUUCACAAAUUUUUUAUGGACCAGGGAGCUCUGCACCGUCCCUGUUUUUAAUUGUCAAUAUAAUUGUGAUAAAUAUUGAAAUCGUACGCGCUGCAGGAUAUAGGCUACUGUAAUUUUUUAUAUCUAGAAACUAGAAAAAGUGAACGUGACAACUUGCAACAGUUGAAACGCAUUUUGUACUAAAAGGAAAUAAUGUUCGCAGCUACAGCACACUAAACUCUUAUUCGGCUAUAUUUUGUCAGCUGUACAAAAAUCAUUGUCCACUACGCCUCUUGUUAAUUAAUACUAACGUAAAUUUGCUUUUAUCCUGACUGCGCUUCUUUUCUUUUAUUUGAAAUGGAAUAUUUAUCUCUUAUCCUCGUAAACGUACCUAGGAAUAAAUUUACUAAAUUACAGGCACUGUCCCCUUCAAGAUUUCGAGUGUUUUACCCAUAUUUCUACAGAUAAAAUGGAACUUUGCGCCAAAAAGGAAAAUAGUAUUCCUUGGCACAGAGGCCAUUUAUUUACAAACUUCCACAUAUAGGUGUAACAUGCAGAUUUCUGCAUAAUUUAUAAUUCCAUCUCUUUCGUGCAGUUAAGCGUAAAACAAAGUCUCCCUCAAGAAGAAACAGUUUUAAUUGAUCGUGUUUGUACAGGAAUGCCUUCUGCCACUCAUACAAUUCGCUAUUGAAACGCUGUCAUUCUACGUUGAGUGGAGUUUCAUACAAUUCUCAAAUAAAAUUCAAUAUUGGUGCUUUCGCUAUUUAUGGAUGAUACACAAACAUAACAGAAGAUUAAAUUCAAUAUAACAAA